AUGGUGCCUUGGCCAAUUCCAAUCGCAGCGGGCAGCCCUUUCACGCUCGCUAGCUUACCGUAUGGCAUCUUCAGUACCUCUUAUCGUGACAAACGAGUGGGGGUAGCUAUCGGCGACUUCAUCCUGGACCUUUCCUCCCUGGAACGUUCAUCAAUCCUCAAGGCCAUCCUGCAGGGUCAUGAGUGUGGCCAUAACGGCAGAUUCAUUUUCACUUCUGAGGAUCUGGGCAACUUUGCAAAAGUUCCAACUGUUAUCCGAAAGCGGCUCCGCCAGCAGCUCAUUAACUGGCUCAGUGACCCCACUUCACCUCUGUUUCAGGAUGCGACUCUGAACGAGGCCACUUUCGUUCCGAUGAGGGACGCGACAAUGCAUCUGCCAUUCAAGAUUGGAGGAUUUUCUGAUUUCAUGUGCUCGGAUGUCCAUGUUGACAAUUGUAGUAGACUGGCCGGUGCUCAGACUCCAGCCAACCAUUACGCCAUGCCCAUCGGCUACAAUGGCCGUGCAUCUUCGGUCGUCGUCGAGUCAGCACCGGUCCACCGGCCGUAUGGCCUCAUCAGGGACAAGGAAAAAGGUAAAUUCGUGUUCAAACCCAGCAUGAAUAUGGACUAUGAAGCCGAACUGGGUAUAUUCAUCUCCCAUGCGGUCCCAGUUGGGAAAACUAUCACUGCUGAUGAGGCUGAGCAGCAUAUUUUUGGCUUUGUUGUAUUGAAUGACUGUGGCGGAUCGGCUGGUGCCCCUUAUUUGAGCCAUGCUAAAGCUGAAUCCACGUGGGACAUUAAAUUUGAGGUUUCAGUCAACCGAAGGAAGUCUGGAGAGCAGGAUACUAUCCUGACGACCUACUCGAAUCUUCGCGAUCUUCGUUGGUCGCCUGGCCAGAUGGUUGCGCACCUUGCUUCGUCUGGCUGCGGCUUAAACACGGGUGACCUUCUAGGCACCGGCACGAUUUCGUCACCGAACGACACACCUACUCUCCGUACUCUUGGAUGCCUUUUUGAGCUGACAGAAGCCGGCAAAAUCCCUGCUGGUCAGCGUGAGGGAAGCAAACUCGCUUUCCUGGAGGACGGAGAUGAGGUUGUGAUGACAGCUAUGGCGGCCGGAGCCACUGUGAACUUAGGAACACUGCGUGGCCAAUUACAGGCGUGCCGCAAUAUCCCAACAGCUCCGUAG